AUGGGUGAUGCAAAGCAAGUAGCUCUCGUAGUCGGCGCCUCCAGGGGUAUCGGUCGACAAAUUGCCAUCGACCUUGCAAAAAAUGGCUAUGCGGUCGUCGUGGCAGCGAAGACCACCAGCGAUGCAUCCAAAACCACCCCGUUCCCGCCAAAUCCCAACUCGCAACAGUCGACAAUCAGCACAGUCGCCCGCGAGAUCCAUGAAGCAGGCGGCGACGCGGCCCCUGUUGCCGUAGACGUCCGCAACCAAGACAGCGUGACAGGACUGAUCGAGCAGACCAUAGAGCUCAUGCAGCGCGUGAACCCAGAGGGCCUCUACUUGACCCUCCACGCGGCGCUCCCGCACCUCAAGCGCCGCCGCCGCGGCCGUGUCGUCGUCGUUAGCCCGCCCAUCUACAGCCGCUUCUUCCGCGGCAAGGCGGCCUACGCCAUGGGCAAGGUCGGCAUGAGCGUCCUGACGAAAGGUUUGGCGAUGGACUUUGUCCGGCAGGAGUUGGACGAGAUGGCGAUUACCAGUAUCUGGCCCGCCGUGGCCAUCGAGUCCGCCGCCACGCAGAAAUUCCAAGCCGCCAACUCGGACGAGUCAAAAGACCUGCGCAAACCGACAAUCUUCUCCGACGCCGUGCUCGCGAUCCUCAACGCCCCGGCCCAAACGGUCAAUGGCGAGCUCGUGCUCGACGAGGACUUCUUGCGCGACCACGCCGGCGUCACGGACUUUUCGAAAUACGUCCUCGUCCCAGGAUCGCAACCGCGGAGGAUCAUGCCGGCAGAGCUGCCGGAUCUGACUGUUAAAGAACAGGACGACGAGGGGAAGAGGUAUGAUAGCGCCAAAGCCAAGUUGUGA